UUGUUUUCUUUCUUUUUUCUUCCUCAAUCUCAUCGUUUGUCAAAAAGAUCGAAUCAAUCACCGUCAAUUGGCCUUGUUGUCGGCUCUCGGCUCAGUGUCAAGCGAACUGACGUAUUCCGGAAAACCGUUGUUGUGUCGCUUCACCGCAGACGGUCAAGUACCUCCAACAACCGAACCACCACUGCAGCAGUAAUCCUCCAAAAAAAAGCCCUUCCGGGCGAAGAGUCGUGCUAUUCUGCACACCAAAAUCCAUCACAAGAUGCGCACCGCAAUCCUCCGCACAGCCUGCUCUGCCACCAAAACCGCCCGCAUCACCGCCCAGCCCGCCGCCCGGUUGCGAAUAACGCCGCAACCGACAUCGCUACGAGCCUUCUCCACGUCGCUACCCUCGCGCAAUGCCCACCACUCAGACAAUGCUUCUCCCGCGAAGCGUGCGUUUCAUUCCAGCGCCGCCGAGGAUGUGCUCGAGGUCAAGACAGAGCAGUCGGGCAAGAUCCAGCCAUUCGAGUCCCUCGACACGUUCCCCCGUCGCCAUAUCGGCCCUUCCGCUGCCUCCGUCGAGGAAAUGCUAGCCACCUUGGACCCUCCAGUAAAGUCGCUCGACGAAUUCGUGCGCCAGGUCAUACCCUCAGAUAUUCUUUCGGCUCGCGAGCUGCAAGUGGGAGCCCUCGCCGCCGAACAGCCUCAGGGAGAUAAGGUUCAAGGCAUUCCCGAGAAGCGAUUUUUGGGCGUGGCAGAGAAGCUCAUGAGCCAAAACUCCCCCGGUCACAGCUACAUUGGAUGCGGAUACUACGGAACAAAGGUCCCAGAAGUCAUCAAGCGAAAUGUCCUUGAGAAUCCCGGGUGGUACACCAGCUACACCCCCUACCAGCCCGAGAUCAGUCAGGGCCGCUUGGAAUCGCUACUCAACUUCCAGACUUUGGUGACUGACCUCACUGGUCUUGAUAUUGCUAAUGCCUCCGUCCUCGACGAGCCCACUGCAGCUGCCGAGGCCAUGACCAUGUCUCUCGGUAUGCUUUCGAGCGCUCGCCAGAAACGCCCCAACAAGACUUUCCUUGUCUCGAGCCGAUGCCAUCCCCAGACCUUGGCCGUGCUGCGUUCGCGCGCCGAUGGAUUUGGCAUCACGAUUGAGAUUGAUGACGUGCUGAAGGACAACGGCAAGCGCGUAGAAGAGCUGGGUGACGAUUUGGUGGGUGUUCUGGCCCAAUAUCCAGACACCGAAGGCGCUGUACACGACUUCCGUACCCUCGCCGACAAAAUCCACAAGACCGGCGCCCUGUUCAGCGUCGCCACCGACUUGCUCGCUCUGACCCAAUUGACUCCCCCAGGAGAGUUCGGCGCCGACAUUGCGUUUGGAAAUGCCCAGCGCCUAGGUGUUCCGCUGGGCUACGGUGGACCCCACGCUGCCUUCUUUGCUUGCGCUGACAAGUACAAGCGUAAGCUCCCCGGUCGUAUCAUUGGUUUGUCCAAAGAUCGUCUUGGAAACCAUGCUGCGCGACUGGCUCUGCAAACACGUGAACAGCACAUUCGUCGCGACAAAGCGACGAGCAACAUUUGCACAGCUCAGGCGUUGUUGGCCAAUAUGAGCGCCAUGUAUGCUGUCUACCACGGGCCGGAAGGGCUUCGAAAGAUCGCCCGACAGGUCACCGCCAUGACGAGGGCGCUGCAGCAGAGCAUUGCCAAUGUAGGAUACCAGACGGGUCAACGUGGUAAGCUCGACAACGAGCCAGCUGCUUUUGAUACCUUCGUUGUAGCCACCGGGAAUAAGACUGCAGCCAUUGUCUCCGAGCUGGACAAGAAGGACAUCCUCGUCCGCCAGCUCGAUGGCGAGCACAUUUCCAUCUCUUUGGACGAGACGAGUGAACUGCAGACCGCCAGCACCAUCGCCCAAGUAUUCGCUAGCCAGAACGGAACACAGGUCAAAGCCCGGUUGGAAGGAGAAGUCAGUGCUGACCCGCCAGCUGCUUUCCAGAGAACCAGCGAGUUCCUCACGCACCCGGUUUUCAACACACACCACUCUGAAACUGAACUCCUGCGCUACAUUCAUCACCUUCAGUCAAAGGACUUGUCUCUUGUUCAUUCCAUGAUUCCCUUGGGAUCUUGCACGAUGAAACUGAAUGCUACCGCUGAAAUGGCACCUGUAUCGUGGUCUACAGUGUCGAACCUCCACCCAUUCCUUCCCCUGGAGAGAGCUAAGGGCUACACAGAGAUGAUCAACCAGCUGGAAGGUGACUUGGCAAACAUCACUGGCUUCCACUCUGUAUCUCUUCAACCCAACUCUGGCGCGCAAGGUGAAUUCGCUGGUCUUCGCGUGAUUAGAAAAUACCUAGAACAGCAGCCCGGCAAGAAGCGAGAUAUUUGCUUGAUUCCGGUGUCUGCUCACGGCACAAAUCCCGCCAGUGCAGCGAUGGCUGGUAUGAGGGUUGUUCCGGUGAAGUGUGAGAGCGGAACUGGCAACCUAGACAUGGACGACCUCCGAGCCAAAUGCAAGAAGCACAGCGAGGAGAUCGGGGCUAUCAUGGUCACGUAUCCCAGUACAUUCGGUGUCUUCGAGCCCAAGAUCAAGGAAGUCUGUGACAUCAUCCACGAACACGGUGGCCAAGUCUACAUGGACGGCGCCAACAUGAACGCUCAAAUCGGACUGUGCUCGCCUGGCGAGAUCGGCGCCGAUGUAUGUCAUCUCAAUCUCCACAAAACUUUCUGCAUUCCCCACGGCGGUGGUGGACCUGGCGUUGGUCCGAUCGGUGUAAAGGAGCACCUCUCCGAAUUCCUCCCAGGUCAUCUCCGCGAUGAGUGUGGCGGCUCCUCCGCUAUCGCGCCCAUCAGCGGUGCACCCUGGGGUAGCGCCAGCAUUUUGCCCAUCAGCUGGGCCUACAUCAAGAUGAUGGGCGCUCUCGGCCUAACCCAAGCCACCAAGAUCACCCUCCUCAACGCGAACUACAUCCUCUCACGCCUCAAGCCCCACUUCCCGAUCCUCUACACCAACGCCAACAGCCGCUGCGCCCACGAAUUCAUCCUCGACGUGCGCAAGUUCAAAGAGACUGCCGGUGUUGAAGCCAUCGACAUUGCGAAACGUCUCCAAGACUAUGGCUUCCACGCCCCCACCAUGUCAUGGCCCGUCGCAAACACGCUCAUGAUCGAACCCACCGAAUCCGAAAGCAAAGAGGAACUCGACCGCUUCUGCGAUGCCCUCAUCUCCAUCCGCGGUGAGAUCGCAGAGGUCGAAAAUGGUUCUCAACCCCGCGACACCAACGUUCUCAAGAUGAGCCCACACUCCCAGAUGGAUCUCCUCCUUCCCGAGGAGUGGACUCGUCCGUACUCCCGCGCCCAAGCUGCGUAUCCCCUGCCGUAUCUCAAAGAAAAGAAAUUCUGGCCCAGCGUCACGCGCGUCGACGAUGCAUAUGGCGAUACCAAUUUGUUCUGCACAUGUGCACCUGUGGAGAGCGAGGAUUCGGAUCUGACGGGUAUGGCAGCACCCACGCCAACAUAG